GAGCAUGGACUGGCGGUAAAGCCAGAGCCAAGGCAAAGACCCGCUCGUCCCGAGCCGGACUCCAGUUCCCAGUGGGCCGUGUUCACAGGCUGCUGCGCAAAGGGAACUACGCGGAGCGUGUCGGUGCCGGAGCCCCCGUCUACCUGGCGGCUGUGCUGGAGUAUCUGACCGCUGAGAUCCUGGAGCUGGCUGGGAACGCUGCCCGGGACAACAAGAAGACCAGGAUCAUCCCCCGUCACCUGCAGCUGGCUGUCCGCAACGACGAGGAGCUCAACAAUCUGCUGGGAGGAGUGACCAUCGCUCAGGGCGGAGUGCUGCCCAACAUCCAGGCGGUCCUGCUGCCCAAGAAGACCGAGAAGCCCGCCAAGUCCAAGUAGACGCCCGCCGAGA